AUGCAGGUGCACCAGCACGUGCCGCUCGACGAGUACCAGAGCAACCUCCGCGCCAUCUGCGCCUACUUCAAGGAGCAAUGGCCCUCCACUAAAAUUAUACUCAUCACGCCUCCACCAAUUUAUGAACCGGUGAGAAUCCGGGACAUGUAUGGAGAAGAUGACCCUUCAAAACUACCUGAAAGAACCAAUGAGGCUGCUGGCACUUAUGCACAGGCAUGCCUGACAGUUGCUAAAGAAUUGAACCAUCCAGUCAUAGACAUCUGGACAAAGAUGCAGCAAUUUCCUGACUGGCAAACAUCUGCAUUAUGGUUCAUGGCAUUGGCCAUUUAGUGCAUGGGUUUGGUAAAUCCCAAUGAAAAAUAGUGGUGUUUGAUCAUUCCCUUGGUUCCUUUUGUAU